AUGGCAGACGAACGAUCACCAGUUGCAGGGUUUUCGCACCAGGAGAACAACGGUUUCCUUCGUGUUGCUCCUACGCCAGACAUGCCAGUAGACAAGCUACAGCGAACAAGUGCACAGCCUCCACCACCAUCGAAAACCGGAAAAAGACCAUUCGGAGGCGGCGAAAUACUCGGAGAGCCUCUCAUAAAACGAUCUCGGGUGGAUGAGAACGAUGAAGCAAGGCGUUCCAAAGAGCGCAGACCAAGAGAACUAGACCCAGCGAUGCUAACCAAGCACUUCACCAUGGCCAACAAGAAAGAAAUAGAAGAAGUAAAAGCACGUAUCGCGACCGCAACGCCAUCGAAUCCAACUGGCAUCCCGCCUCGCUCCACGCGUCACGCAGAGCCCGUGCCACUAUCGAUGACGACCGGAAAACCAAUGGUAUCGAAGUCAUUGCGCGACGCACCUCCCCUUCCCAGAGACACGCCGUCUAAAGAACGCCGAGACGCCAUGGCACCACCACCCAGAGAGAACACAUCGAAGCCCCGUCAAGAUCCCUCCGCUUACCAGCAAAAAAGAACGGCUGGCGCACAUCGAUCCACACCAACACCAACACCAGGUACAAAAGCCAACCCCAUAUCCUUCAGUUCCGGCCUGCACGCACUAGACCGCGAGUUUCGCUCUGGGUCAGGCUAUUACUCCGAGCAGCAAGACGACGACGACGCACUCUCUCUUCUGUCAUACUUAUCCUUGAGUGAAGGACCGCGGGGGCCUGGUGCACGUCGGGGGCUAGGACAGGAUGGUGCAGAGAAACGCUAUGGGAAAGACUCCGCCCCGCCGUACCACAAGGUCUGA